UUCCUACGCGACUAAGCUCCGCCCUCCGCGGCCAGCCAGACUGACAGGAUGGCGGUGAGCGCGGCGCGGCUGGUACUCCUGGCCAGUGCAGCCGCGCUGGCUAGCGCCUCCCAAGGGGACCGCGAGCCGGUGUACCGCGACUGCGUGCUGCUGUGCGAGGAGAGGAAUUGCUCGGGGGGCGCACUGAAGUACUUCCGCUCCCACCAGCCAAUCUACAUGAGCCUAGCAGGCUGGACUUGUCGGGAUGACUGCAAGUACAACUGCAUGUGGGUCACCGUCAGCCUGUACCUGCAGGAGGGCCACAGGGUGCCCCAGUUCCACGGCAAGUGGCCCUUCUUCCGCUUCCUGUUCUUUCAAGAGCCGGCGUCCGCCAUGGCUUCUUUUCUCAACGGCCUGGCCAGCCUGGUGAUGUUGUGCCGCUACCGCGCCUCGGUGCCCACCUCCUGCCCCAUGUACCACACGUGUGUGGCCUUUGCCUGGGUGUCCCUCAAUGCCUGGUUCUGGUCCACAGUCUUCCACACCAGGGACACUGAGCUCACGGAGUGGAGGGCAGAGCCGUGGAUGCUGGCAGCUCGGGCCCUGUCUCCUCCCUGUGGCCGUCACCUGCUCCAGCUCCUCUACGGCCCUCCCACCGCCCCUCACGGGCUCUGUCAUCCUCAGAAAAUGGAUUACUUCUGUGCCUCGGCCGUCAUCCUGCACUCCAUCUACCUGUGUUGUGUCAGGACCGUGGGGCUGCAGCGCCCAGCUGUGGCCAGCGCCUUCCGGGGCCUCCUGCUGCUCCUGCUCACAGCACACGUGUCCUACCUGAGCCUGGUCCGCUUCGACUACGGUUACAACCUGGUGGCCAACGUGGCCAUCGGCCUGGCGAACCUGGCGUGGUGGCUGGCCUGGUGCCUGCGGAACGGCCGGCGGCUGCCGCACACACGCAAAUGUGCGGCUGUGGUCCUGCUGCUCCAGGCCCUGUCCCUGCUCGAGUUGCUGGACUUCCCGCCGCUCUUCUGGGUGCUGGAUGCCCACGCCAUCUGGCACAUCAGCACCAUUCCCUUGCAUGUCCUCUUCUUCAGCUUCCUGGAAGAUGACAGCCUGUACCUGCUGAGGGAGUCGGAAGCCAAGUCCAAGCUGGACUGAGGGCCUGCCCCACCCCAUGACAGAUUUUAGCCUUUUAGCUUUUUGGUUUUGUUUUUUGAGACAGGGUCUCACUGUGGAGGCCAUACUGGCCUCUAACUUAAAGCAGUGCUCCUGCCUCAGCCUCCUGAGGCCUUUUAACUUGCUGAACGUGGGCACCAGGGAUGUGGACCUAGAUGCAGGUAGCUGCCUGCCUCUGCUUGCUCUUUACGCUGACCUCGGCCUCCUGUCAUCUGGGCCAGGGGUCUGAUGGGGAGCCCCUGGGCCCUGCAGCUGAGCUAUGUGGGGAGGAGAGCCGGGAAUGCUCCCUCUGCCCACCCCCCCACCUCCCACCCCCACCCCCACCCGGCAGUCAGGAACUCUGCAGGAACUCCUCUGGUCCUGGCCCAGGUAUCCAGGUUUGGGGGGGGGCGGGAGGGGGGGGACCUCUGCCACCCCACACUCCAAUGCGCCACCAGGUGGCGCUAGAUGCUUGCUCACCACCCAGUUUCAAGGCCAAUUCCUUCCCCAUGGGGUGGAAGGGAAGCCGCAGCUGGGAUCUGGAAGGGGGCCUGGGGUGGGGGGUGCUGCACCCUGAUUCUGAGGCUUCACCUCACCCCCUUCAGGAAGGACCCCCAAGGGCCCGCAGCAAGUAUGUGAGUCUGGAGGCGAGGGGGCCCAGCCAAGUGAGUGCAGAAGCAGUGGAGGGACUUGGGACUCCCCGUGUGGGCUCAGCUCAGGGUGGGCCACGUGGGUGGGGAGGAGGGAGCGUGAGUCUGAGGCGAGUGUGACGGCCAUCACGUGUGCCACGAGGUGGGGAGUUUGGCACGGGGUGGGGGGCCCAGCUCUGCCCUGGGCGCAGCCAGGAUGUGCACUGUGUGUGUGUCUGUGUGCACACACGUGUACACAUGUCCACUUGUCCAGUACACCCUGCUGUUCUUCCAGACCUCACAGGAGCCCCAGAUAACUUUUUUAGGUUUUUAUUAAUGAGGUUUUUUUGAGAAGGGGUCUGCUAUGUAGCCCAGGCUGGUCUUGAACUCAUGGCAGUCCUCCUGCCUCAGCCUCGUGCUGAGAUUACAGGUGCAUCACCACACCCGACCCUACACAACUAAGGCGCUCCUGCAGGGGGAAUAACAUGGGGUGCCCCCUCUCCAGCCACCCUUGGCAAGGCAUAGUUGGCCUCCCCUUCGCCAGCCUGGACUCGGGGCAGCAGGCGUUUUGGGGGAAGAGGGGAGAAAGCUGGGGCUCAGUCUGCCUGUGCCCCCCUCUGUGGACUCCUGUGCCCAGUGGCUCUGGGGCAGACAGGGGCCACAGUGCCCUGGUGACUGGUGGCACAGGUGACUGGUGGCUUUGCUGCCUGUCCUGGCAUGGCCCUCCAAGGACAGAGUGUGCAACCAUGGAAACAUUUCGUCCUGGGGCAGCCUAGGCCAGGCUCUUCUGCUCUCCCUGUCCUCUGGCCCCCUUGUGGGGGAGAGAUAGAGGGCUCUGGGCCUUAAGUGCUCUUGGGACAAGGCAUCUGGGGAAGGGAUGUGUGUAAUAAACUGGCUCCCAGCUCUCAA